UGUACUUACUAACUCUUGUUUUCUGAGAGCCUAUGAGAGAAAUGGAAAUAAUCAGAAGGAACCUUAAAGGAUGGAAUUUUGUUCCUUGUUCUCCUUAUAUGGAGCACAGCAAACUGCAGUAAGACUUCGGGAGCUGGUUUUCCCUACUGCCACGGGCACAGCCGAUUUCUGGGUGGAGGAGUUUGUUUAGACCUUAACAAAUAUGGGCUGUUUUGUUGAUUAAAUAAGCAAAGCAAAAAGAAAAGAAAGAAAAAAGUAUGCCCCUUCUCUGCUUUCAAACACUUCCCCCAAUUAGAAAAUAUCUCAUAAAAAUGCAUCAUGUGAUAAGAUCUUGCUUUAGUCCCAAACCGAGUCCAUUUGGAUGUCUUAGAAUUUGAGUCCUUAGGGAGUACACAUUUUAGCUGAGACUGGAGUUACUCUGUCAUGAAACAGGGAGCUUUGCCACUUGCUUGUUUUGGAAGGAAAAUAAAUUAAAAAAAGAUUGCAGGGGAUUUUAGUUAUUAUAUGGCCAGGGCUCCGUUUAGAGUCAGUGGCAUUCAAAGCUGGCUUUAGUCACAGCAUGAUGCUCGAAGCCUCCAAAAGUCCAAGUGUUUCCUUUCUUUCUUUCCUCUUUCUGUUUUUUUUCUUUUUUUUUUUAAGCGUUACUUCACUGAGGCAGAGGGCUGCCUUUGAGUGACGUCACGAGUUUCAGCAGCAGGCAGCACAGGAGAAGGGAGGCUGGGUGAGUGACAGCCCAGCCUACUUUUUAAUAGCUUUGUCAUGUGACUGGGGACUGUAGUAAGACAGGUGCCUUCAGUUCACUCUCAGUAAGGGGCUGGUUGCCUGCAUGAGUGUGUGCUCUGUGUCACUGUGGAUUGGAGUUGAAACAGCUUGACUGGCGUCAUUCAGGAGCUGGAUGGCGUGGGACAUGUGCAACCAGGACUCUGUAUGGAGUGACAUCGAGUGUGCUGCUCUGGUUGGUGAAGACCAGCCUCUUUGCCCAGAUCUUCCUGAACUUGACCUUUCUGAACUAGACGUGAACGACUUGGAUACAGACAGCUUUCUGGGUGGACUCAAGUGGUGCAGUGACCAAUCAGAAAUCAUAUCCAAUCAGUACAACAAUGAGCCUUCAAACAUAUUUGAGAAGAUAGAUGAAGAGAAUGAGGCAAACUUGCUAGCAGUCCUCACAGAGACACUGGACAGUCUCCCUGUGGAUGAAGACGGAUUGCCCUCAUUUGAUGCACUGACAGAUGGAGAUGUGACCACCGAGAAUGAGGCUAGUCCUUCCUCCAUGCCUGACGGCACCCCUCCGCCUCAGGAGGCAGAAGAGCCGUCCCUACUUAAGAAGCUCUUACUGGCACCAGCCAACACUCAGCUAAGUUACAAUGAGUGCAGUGGUCUCAGUACCCAGAACCAUGCAAACCAUAAUCCCAGGAUCAGAACCAACCCUGCAGUUGUUAAGACCGAGAAUUCAUGGAGCAAUAAAGCGAAGAGCAUUUGUCAACAGCAAAAGCCACAAAGGCGUCCCUGCUCGGAGCUUCUCAAGUAUCUGACCACAAAUGAUGACCCUCCUCACACCAAACCCACAGAGACCAGGAACAGCAGCAGAGACAAAUGCACCUCCAGAAAGAAGGCCCACACACAAGCGCAGUCUCACCACUUACAAGCCAAACCAACAACUUUAUCUCUUCCUCUGACCCCAGAGUCACCAAAUGACCCCAAGGGUUCCCCAUUUGAGAACAAGACUAUUGAACGAACCUUAAGUGUGGAACUCUCUGGAACUGCAGGUCUAACUCCACCCACAACUCCUCCUCAUAAAGCCAACCAAGAUAACCCUUUUAGGGCUUCUCCAAAGCUGAAGCCCUCUUGCAAGACUGUGGUACCUCCGCCAUCAAAGAAGCCCCGGUACAGUGAGUCUUCUGGUACCCAAGGCAAUAACCCCACCAAGAAAGGGCCGGAGCAGUCGGAGUUGUACGCACAGCUCAGCAAGACCUCAGUGCUCACCAGUGGACACGAGGAAAGGAAGGCCAGGCGGCCCAGUCUGCGGCUGUUUGGUGACCAUGACUAUUGUCAGUCAAUUAAUUCCAAAACGGAAAUACUUAUUAAUAUAUCACAGGAGCUCCAAGACUCUAGACAACUAGAAUACAAAGAUGCUUCCUCCGACUGGCAGGGGCAGAUGUGCCCUUCCACAGAUUCAGACCAGUGCUACCUGAGAGAGACUUCGGAGGCGAGCAGGCAGGUCUCUCCCGGCAGCACCAGAAAACAGCUCCAAGACCAGGAAAUCCGAGCUGAGCUGAACAAGCAUUUCGGCCAUCCCAGUCGAGCUGUUUUUGACGACGAAGCAGACAAGACCAGUGAACUGAGGGACAGUGAUUUCAGUAAUGAACAAUUCUCCAAACUACCUAUGUUUAUAAAUUCAGGACUAGCCAUGGAUGGCCUGUUUGAUGACAGCGAAGAUGAAAGUGAUAAACUGAACUCCCCGUGGGAUGGCGCGCAGCCCUAUUCGUUGUUCGAUGUGUCGCCUUCUUGCUCUUCUUUUAACUCUCCGUGUAGAGAUUCCGUGUCACCACCCAAAUCCUUAUUUUCUCAAAGACCCCAAAGGAUGCGCUCUCCUUCAAGGUCCUUUUCUCGACGCAGGUCGUGUUCCCGAUCACCAUAUUCCAGGUCAAGAUCAAGGUCCCCAGGCAGUAGAUCCUCUUCAAGAUCUGGCUACUACUAUGAGGCAGGACACUGCAGACACCCAACGCACCGAAAUUCUCCGCUGUGCGCAAGGUCACGUUCAAGAUCGCCCUGCAGCCGGCGGCCCAGGUAUGACAGCUACGAGGAGUAUCAGCACGAGAGGCUGAAGAGGGAAGAAUACCGCAAAGAGUAUGAGAAACGGGAGUCUGAAAGGGCCAAACAAAGGGAGAGGCAGAGGCAGAAGGCAAUUGAAGAACGCCGUGUGAUUUAUGUUGGUAAAAUCAGACCUGACACAACACGGACAGAACUGAGGGACCGUUUUGAAGUUUUUGGUGAAAUUGAGGAGUGCACAGUAAAUCUCCGGGAUGAUGGAGACAGCUAUGGUUUCAUUACCUACCGUUAUACCUGUGAUGCUUUUGCUGCUGUUGAAAAUGGAUACACUUUGCGCAGGUCAAAUGAAACUGACUUCGAGCUGUACUUUUGUGGACGCAAGCAAUUUUUCAAGUCUAACUAUGCAGACCUAGAUUCAAACUCAGAUGACUUUGACCCUGCUUCCACCAAGAGCAAGUAUGACUCUCUGGAUUUCGAUAGUUUACUGAAGGAAGCUCAGAGAAGCUUGCGCAGGUAACAUGUUCCCUGGCUGAGGAUGACAGAGGGACGGUGAAUACCUCACGGGACAGCGCGUCUUUCCCUAACAGACUAUUGCAAGUCCGACUUAGGAAUUUCUCCUGCUUUACACUCUCUGUACAAAAAAACAAAACAAAACAAAACAACAACAAUACAAGAAGAACAACAACAAUGGUUUACAUGAACACAGCUGCUGAAGAGGCAAGAGACAGAAUGGAUAUCCAGUAAGCACAUGUUUAUUCCUGGUGUCAGUUUCGCUUUCCCUGAGUCUCUUGGUGAUGGAGUGUAUGUUUGUGCGUGUGUGUGUGUGUGUGUGUGUGUGUGUGUGUGUGUGCUUGCCUGGUUUGGGGGAAGUCUGUAUGUACAGGUGGGGACUGGGGGCACCUGACCAGAGCUUGCAAAGGCAAACCACUUCAAAUGGCAGCAGUUCCAUGAAGACACACUUAAAACCUAGAACUUCAAAAUGUUCCUAUUCUAUUCAAAAGGAAAAAAAAAUGCGUAAAUUCAAAAGGAAAGAAAACUAACCAACCAACCACAAGCCACCCUAAAAUGACAGCCACUGACGUCUGGGCAUCAGCCUCCGUACUCUGUUUUUUAAAGAAAGUACAGAAUCAACUUGAAGCAAGCUUUCUCUCGUAACAUAACAAUUAUAUGACAAUCCCGAAGAAACCGCAGGUUCUGUAGAACUAAUAUCCUUUCUCUCUUUCUCUCUCUCUCCUUCUCUUUCUCUCUCUGCCUCUUCCUCUCUCUGCCUCUUCUUUUUUUCCUUUUUCCUUUUGCCAUGGAAUCUGGGUGGGAGAGGAUACUGCGGGCACUGGAAUGCUAAACUUUCCUAACAUUUUGAAGUUCCUGUAGUUCGUCCUUUAUCCUGACACCCAUGUAAAUGUCCAAGAUGUUGAUCUUCCACUGCAAAUUUCAAAAGCCUUGUCAAUGGUCAAGCUUGCAGCUUGCUCAGUGGUUCUUUCUGAGGAGCGAGCACGGUGUUACAUUACUGAUGAGAGUUGGGUAGAACUCUCCGGGAUGUGUUCAGAUAGUGUAAUGGCUACAUUCUCUGACGUAGUUAAGUAUUUACAGAUGUUAAAUGGAGUAUUUUUAUUUUGUGUACAUACUAUUAUACAAUGAUGUUCUUUUUUUGUUACAGCUAUGCACUGUAAAUGCAGCCUUCUUUUCCAAACUGCUAAAUUUUUCUUAAUCAAGAGUAUUCAAAUGUAAUUAUGAGGUGAAACAAUUACUGUACACUAACAUAUUUAGAAGCUGAACUUAUCGCUUAUAUAUAUUUGAUUGUUAAAAAAAAAGGACAGUGUGUGUGUCCAUUGAGUGCAGCAACAACAAAUUGAUGCUUUUUGCACAACCAUCCCUUCUUAGGUGAGCUUUGAUCUAAGCAUCUUGUCAAAAAAUAUCCUAGUCCCCUAAAGGUAUUAACAACUUAUGCGAUAUUUUUCCACAUUUUCUUGUUGCUUGUUUUUCUUUGAAGUUUUAUACACUGGAUUUGUUAGGGGAAUGAAAUUUUCUCAUCUAAAAUUUUUCUAGAAGAUAUCAUGAUUUUAUGUAAAGUCUCUCAAUGGGUAACCAUUAAGAAAUGUUUUUAUUUUCUCUAUCAACAGUAGUUUUGAAACUAGAGGUCAAAAAUCUUUUUAAAAUGCUGUUUUGUUUUAAUUUUUGUGAUUUUAAUUUGAUACAAAAUGCUGAGGUAAUAAUUACAGUAUGAUUUUUACAAUAAUUAAUGUGUGUCUGAAGACUAUCUUUGAAGCCAGUAUCUCUUUCCCUUGGCAGAGUAUGAUGAUGGUAUUUAUCUGUAUUUUUUAUAGUUAUGCAUCCUGUAUAAAUACUGAUAUUUCAUUCCUUUGUUUACUAAAGAGACAUAUUUAUCAGUUGCAGAUAGCCUAUUUAUUAUAAAUUAUGAGAUGAUGAAAAUAAUAAAGCCAGUGGAAAUUUUCUACCUAGGAUGCAUGGCAAUUGUCAGGUUGGGGUUUAAGUGUUUCAUUUGGGAAAUUCAGCUUUUGCAGAAGCAGUGUUUCUACUUGCACUAGCAUGGCCUCUGACGUGACCAUGAUGUUGUUCUUGAUGACAUUGCUUCUGCUAAAUUCAAUAAAAAACUUCAGAAAAACCUCCAUUUUUGAGCAUCAGGAUUUCCUCUGAGUGUGGAGCCCCUGGAAUGGAAGUCGCUAAAGUUUGGAGUGUGUAUUCAAGUUUCUAAAUUGAGAUUCAAUUACAGUUUGGCCAACAUGACUUUUCUGGAAGACACGAUAUACCUACUUCUUAAUCCUUAAUCCUUCUUUUCCUUUCUCUCGACCCACAAGAUCUUAUCAAAUGGAUUUCACCCCCCCACUCCCACCCCGGCCGAUGCAGCUAAUUUUGACAGCUGCAUUCAUUUAUCACCAGCAUAUUGUGUUCUGAGUGAAUCCACUGUCUGUCCUGUCGGAUGCUUGCUUGGUUUUUUGGCUUCUUCUUUCUAAGUAGAUAGAAAGCAAUAAGAUACUAUGAAAUAAAAGAACUUGUUCACAGGUUCUGCGUUACGACAGUAACACAUCUUUAAUCCGCCUAAUUCUUGUCGUUCUGUAGGUUAAAUGCAGGUAUUUUAACUCUGUGUGAACGCCAAACUAAAGUUUACAGUCUUUCUUUCUGAAUUUUGAGUAUCUUCUGUUGUAGAAUAAGAAUAAAAAAAAAGACUAUUAAGAGCAAUAAAUUAUUUUUAAGAAAUUGAUAUUUAGUAAAUCAUAUUAUGUGUUUAAGGACCAGAUGUGUUCUCUAUUUUGCCUUUAAAUUUUUGUGAUCCAAGUUUAAAUCCAUUCUCCUUUUUGCCCUGGAUUGUUGACAUGAGUGAAAUAUUUGGUUUCUUUUCUUACCUAUCAAAAGACAACACUACAGAUUUCAUGAUGGAGGUGACUUUAUCCCCUCUUCUGGCCUGACAAAUACUGUUACCAUGAAGAUAGUUUUCCUCCAUGGACUUCAAAUUACAUCUAAAAGCAGUGCAGAGGGAGAAUCGCUAAACCCUCCAAACAAAGCUUUUGUAUCUUAUGCAGACACUGUGGGUAACCCAUCAAAAUGUAAACUGUGUUUCUUUUAUUUUUGUUUUUAAUUUUUUUUUUUCUGAGAGAAUAUUUCAAAUGAACACAUGCACCCCAUCAUCCCUGGAGGCAAAUUUCAGCAUAGAUCUGUAGGAUUUUUAGAUGACCCCGGGCCAUUGCCUUCAUGCUGUGGUAAGUACCACAUCUUCAAUUUUGGUAACUGAACUGGUGCUUUAGAAAUGUGGGUUUUUUCUUUUUUUUUUUUUUAAAGAGAUGUAGCAGAAUAAUUCUUCCAGUGUAGCAAAACCAAUUUUUGCUAAACGACUCCGAGAGCAACGCUUGGGCUGUCAACAUUCAAAGCAGCAGAGAGGGAACUUUGCACUAUUGGGGUGUGAUGGUUGGGUCAGUUGGAAAAAAAAAAAAGGAAACCUUUUCAUGCCUUUAGAUGUGAGCUUACAGUAGGUAAUGAUUAUGUGUCCUUUUUUGAUGGCUGUAACGAGAACUUCAAUCACUGUAGUCUAAGACCUGAUCUAUAGAUGACCUAGAAUAGCCAUGUAAUAUAAUGUGAUGAUUCUAAAUUUGUACCUAUGUGACAGACAUUUUCAAUAAUGUGAACUGCUGAUUUGAUGGAGCUACUUUAAGAUUUGUAGGUGAAAGUGUAACACUGUUGGUUGAACUAUGCUGAAGAGGGAAAGUGAGCGAUUAGUUGAGCCCUUGCCGGGCUUUUUUUUUCCACCUGCCAAUUCUACAUGUAUUGUUGUGGUUUUAUUCAUUGUAUGAAAAUUCCUGUGAUUUUUUUUUAAAUGUGCAGUACACAUCAGCCUCACUGAGCUAAUAAAGGGAAACGAAUGUUUCAAAUCUA